CCGAAUGGCCGCACAGUAAGUUAAUGGCCAGUUGGCCGUCGUGUAAAACUGGAAAACAAAAGAAAUAACUCAUCUUCUUAAAAAUCGUUCAAACCCAACCUACCGUCCGCGUUCGCUUUUCACUUUUAAUAUUUUAACUGUUUAAAUCAUAAGUUAAUCGCUCGAUAUGGUAAAUAAGUGCAGUGUGACUUGUUGCAGAAGCCUGUACGCGAAGGACGAUGUCAAAGUUAGAUUACACAGGUUUCCUUUAUCGGAUCCAGAAACACUACCUUUGUGGAUAGCUGCCACCGGUAGAGAAAAAGAUUGGAAACCUUGUAAAAGUAGUAGAUUGUGUGGCAAUCAUUUUGAAAAAUCUGAAUAUAUAAUUGGCCAUGGCAAAGGUGUUUUAAAGACAAAAUCAAUCCCGACAAUUGAAUAUCGUACAGAGGAUAUGAAAUACCAAAAAAAGAAGUCGCUAAAUUCAAGCAGUGAUGACGGGCAAAUGAACAAAUAUUUAAAUGAAAUUAGUGAUACAAAUGUUGAAAUUGUUCAACUUGACUAUUAUGAUCUAAAUAAUGAACAUCAAAAUAAGGGUAACAAUUGUGGUAAUGAAGAAUCAUAUUAUAAUAAUGAGAAUGUAAAUAUAGAAGAUGAAAAAUACAUAAGAAAAGAUAAACAUGUUAAUUUUUCAAACUCUGAGAGUGAUUAUGACAACAGAGAUAAUUCUAAUUGUGACGAGGCCUUAAAAAAUGAAUAUGAAGAUUUUAACUAUGAAACAAACAAUGAUAUUUGUAACCGAGAAAAUCAAUGUUAUAUGUUUACAAGCAGUUUCAAGGAAGGUGCCGAACCCAUAGUUUUAACAUCUCCGGAUGAAAAACCAUCUGAAGUAUCAUUGAGCAUGAAUAUUGACCAAUCAAUAGCGGAUUCCAAUUUUAAUAAAAUUAUGGCUUUAAAAUUAAAAAAACAAAGACGCACUAAAGAUAUUUAUUCAUUAUACUUCAAGUCUCUAAGGAAAAAAAAUUUUCAAAAACAACAAAAAAAUUUAAGUUCUUUUAACAAUGAGACAGCGUCAUUUGCUGCUUUUAUAGAAGCUCAAAUGAAAGAUUUACGUAAAAAUAAACAAGUUUAUUUAACAACAAAACACAAAAUUCAAAAAAUACUAAUGAAAGCACAGCUUGAAAUAGCAAAUUGAAUCAAGUUUGAAAAAUGGCCCAAUUUUAUUAGUAGUUUUCGUUUAAUCUAAUAAUAAAUUUAUACAUACCAUACAUUAUACUAUUAAAAUUAUAUCAUAUAGUAUUUUAUUAAUGUAGAAUAAUAUUUUUAUUAUAAUAUGUAAGACUAAUAAUGUAAAUUGUAUUAUAGUUUGUAGAUGUAUAUGCAAACAUUUAUUUAAUUUUAUAACAUUUUAUUUAUAUAUUAAUAAAUUAUAAUUAAAUGAAACAUUUUUAUUUUAAGUUUUUACCUUAAAUAAUUUUACUCUAAAACUAAACAAACUUAUUUGAUUUAAUUUUAAGAUGAUAUCACUUAUUUAUUGUAUUAUCUAACUAACAUAACAAGAAAAAUUUAGCGUUUAGCAGAAACUACUUUGUGUUAGAUUUUUAAUAUUAGAAUAAACUAUCUUAUUUUUUUACUAAAAAAUUAGAACAUUACUUGUAUUUUCAAUUUUUAAUGAAGUUAUUAGCACUUAAAAAGUAAUAUUUUACAUAGGUGCCUACUCCAGCUUUAAA